UUUCUACGGGGGGUGCCGCGUAUGGAAUGCCGCGGAAGACUUCGACCGGGUCCAGGUGCCGACCGUUAGGUUCCUGAAAAAUCCCCCCCAACCGUCUAUUAGGUGCCUGGAGGUUCGACAGAGGGUCCAGGAACGACGAGUACAUCGAUAGGAAUUACCACGGGCAAAAAACGAUUUGUGCGUAUACCGUGUGACCCGCUGCUUCCGGUUAUACCGAGCCACGCUACAACGGAGUUUAAUCCGGUCGGAAGGUCUUCAACGCAAAAGUUGUACGCAAUUGGCGCGGCGUGACGGUUGGGACGCAAAACCAACGCAAUCCUCAGCUGCCGACGGAUAAGUUGCAGCGUCGAUAAGAGAGAUUAUCCCACAUGUUGCCUUACGAUGACACAAAAAAGAGAAAAUCGCGCGCUCCGUCGGUAACGUUCCGUUCGUUGCGCUCACCCGCAUGGCCGCUUCUCGCAUAACGGGACUGGGCGGCGCUAGGAAUUUACGUGCGGUAUGAGCAUUCUGCUUGCGGUCCCUCCCCCCCCCCCCAAGGCCGCGUAGGAUGAUGAACCCUCUUUGGAUCGGCGGUACAAGUACCGGGAGACUUCAGUCGUCAAACGUCAUCGUGAGCGGUAGGUGGAACGUACGAGGUUUUCGAACCCCGCUUUGUGUGACAGAUUUACUGAUAAGCGUGGAAUUUGACACACGCUUGUAAAUACCGUCGUCAUAUAGCUUGAUGGACGAGUACAGAACGGCAGGACCGGAUGCGUUCGUCAGGUAAUUCUAAUGGGCAAUCAGUGAUGAAAAAUGGGCAUCGGAAAGAGUCAAUUCAGUGAGGAGGAACUCCAGGAUUAUCAGGACUUGACUUACUUCACGAAGAAGGAGGUGAUGUUUGCCCACCAGAAAUUCAAGGCACUUGCUCCCGAGAAAGUUGGCCACAACCGAAAUGCUAAACUUCCCAUGGCCAAGAUACUACAGUAUCCUGAGCUGAGAGUCAAUCCAUUUGGAGACCGAAUCUGCAAAGUAUUUAGCUCCAGUCAAGAUGGAGAUUGUACCUUUGAAGACUUUCUUGAUAUGAUGUCUGUGUUCAGCGACGCUGCCCCUAAAGCUGUAAAAGCUGAGCAUGCAUUUCGAAUAUUUGAUUUUGACGGUGAUGAUAUGCUGGGUGUUGGCGAUCUUAGGCAAGUUGUGGAUAGACUGACCACCCCUCAGCGGUUGAACGAAGCUGAUAUGCAGCAACUUUUGCAAUGCUUGCUAGAAGAAGCUGACUUGGACGAUGACGGAGCAUUGAGCUUCGCUGAGUUUGAGCAUAUUAUUGAAAAAAGUAGUGAUUUCUCAAAGUCAUUUCGCAUACGUUUAUAAUAAAUGCAAACAAUAAACAACUGAGAAGCAAACGCCCAAUAGUCAACGCAAGACUGAGAAACGCACUGGAAAUCGAUGACGCUCUUUUCGUCAGCGCUCAAAGGCCUAAGCCCUUUGCCCUCGUUUCAUUUACUAAUUUAGUGUUAAUAACUUUAAAAAUUAUUUUUUUUAAUCGGGCCUCAACCUUGCAUUUUUUUACUGCAAUACACUCACAAGUAAAAUCGUCACAUUGUCGGAACGUUUCGGCUUAAGAUCUAGAGAAAAAUUUUAGCACAAAUAUGCACUAUCUUUAUCAUUUGCAGAAGAAAUGGCGUCGCCAAUUCUACAAAAGGAUGCCAACUAGUCGAUUGAGAUUUUUUGUUGUUGUGUUUUUAGUACAAUUCUGUUGCAGAUGGCAGUUUAGUAUUUUGUAUGCCAGUAAGCAUUUAUAAUUAUACAUGUACUUCCACAUUAGUAUGUAUGUAUUCGAAGUUGCAAUUAGUCAAAUCUUGACUUGCAUUGCAAUUUUUAUUGAUAGACUAUUAUUUCAUUGACUUGUGUUCAUUCACAUUAGCUAUUUAUCUGAAGAAAGUAGGCAUGAUAAGAUUGACAAUUAUAUAAGUGCACAAAAUUUUGAUUCAUGUUGCCAAAUACCCAGAUUUGCGAAUCUGAGAAUAAGAGUAAUAUUUUAAGCGUGGAAAAUUAAAAAUAAUCUCAUUUACGUUAUUGUCCAUUAUCCUUUCUUAUUUCUCUCAAGUCUCAAGUCUCAUAUAUUUUUCAGUCAAUUUUAUCUUUAGAUAUGAUAUUUUAAAUAAAAAUUAAAUUAUACAAGUA